UUCGAGCUUCGGUAACUUGACAAAUCCCAGAGAUUUUACACAAGUUUUCUGAAGAACGUAACGCGAAACAAUGGAAGUUGGUUGAAUUCUAUUCAACCAUGAUAAUUACUUGUUCGUUUGUAAAAUACAUAAAAUAUCUGAAACAUUCUUCACGUCGCGUCCCGACUCGCGGGGCGACGAGUUACUCGGCGGAGCGUUGGAAGGCGUCAAAAAUGGAAGGAGAACAGGCCCCAGCAUCGCGGGAUGACCCGGUAAUAAUGAAGCUCGAUACGCCUGAAUUUCGAACGAUAUUCACGCCGGAAUUGAAGACACUAGCGGGUCUCUUCGAGAAGUAUAACUACGAGAUCCGAAUAGCGGGAGGAGCGGUGCGGGACAUCCUGAUGGGUAUCCGACCUAAGGACUUGGACUUUGCGACGACGGCUACGCCAAACGAGAUGAAGGAUAUGUUCACAAAGGAGGAGAUCCGUAUGAUAAACAUGAAGGGAGAGCAACACGGUACGAUAACAUCGCGUAUAAACGACGCUGAGAACUUUGAGAUAACAACCCUGAGAAUCGACGUAGCGACGGACGGGCGUCACGCCAAGGUUGAAUUCACGAAGGAUUGGAAGCUCGACGCGAAUCGUCGGGACCUAACGAUAAACUCGAUGUUUCUCGGGCUGGACGGAACGGUCUACGACUACUUCUUCGGCUACGAGGAUCUAAAAAAGCGGCGAAUCGCCUUCGUCGGUAAUGCAGAGACCAGGAUCCAGGAGGACUACCUCAGGAUCCUGAGGUACUUCCGAUUCUACGGUCGCAUCGCCGAAAAUCCUGACGUUCAUGACGCCGCCACCCUCGAAGCGAUUCGCCGGAAUGUUCAGGGUCUCGAUCGCGUCGCUGGUGAACGGAUUUGGACCGAGUGGCACAAGAUAAUGACAGGAAGGUUCCCCGUUGAGCUAACCACGAAGAUGAUCGAGUGCGACCUUUCCAGGCACAUCGGUCUCCCCGAAAAGCCCGACGUUGCGGCCUUCCUCGAGGUCCACAAACGCGCCGAAGAAAACGGCGUUCGUCUUAGAGCCAUUAGCCUCAUAUCGGCGCUCCUGAAGGAUCAGGAGGAGGUUAUGUUGCUCCAUGGUAGACUGAAGCUAUCCGCCUUCGACAGAGACCUCGCUCUGUUUCUGGUUCAGCACCGCGUCGUUACACCGUCUGAAAAACCGCUUAAAAUUUAUCAGAAGCUGGUUAUCAUGCCGAAGGGGAAGAACCAAGGUAUCAAAGAGUUCGUUUGCGAGCUUUUUAGAUACAGAGGUGAUCUCGAGCUUCUUCGAGUGUUCGCUGAUUGGCAACCACCCCGAUUCCCCGUCGGAGGCGAUCAGCUCAGGCAGCAUGUCAAGGGUGGGAAACUCAUGGGGUUGGUCAUCACCAGGCUCAAGGAGAGGUGGAUUGAUUCCGACUUUCAACUGGAUCGCGAGGAGCUUCUCAAACUUGUACCAAAUAUUGUUGAGGAGAUUAAUGAUAAUAUUCAGAAAUAAAUACUUCGUAGAUUGUUUGUGUAUAA